AUGAAUAAUAAGUCCUCAGUGAUUGAUAGAUCACGCAAUCAACUGAGAAGCUUAAACAUGACUUUGCCUACUUCAACUUAGAUGUCGAUGAUAAGCACUACUAGUUAUAAUUCCUAAACCUUUAAGAUAAAAUACCAUGAUGAUAUCAAGCGAGUUUCUCUGAAAAUACCUUUUACCUACGAUGAUCUCAUUCAAAAGUGCAUUAGCAUUUACCAACUUAUAAAGAGCAAAGAAAGCUAUUUCCUUUAAUCUGAGGACUUAAAUGCUCCGUUUAUCAUUAAUGAUGAUGAAAAUUUGAAUUAUUACGCUUCAUUUCAGGAGGCAUAAGGAUAGAAUUUGAUAAAGCUAGUGCUUAAUUAAGUUGAUGAGGUAAUACAACCAAAGCAACAAUAGCUUGAGGCUUCUGGAGUUUUUAGCAUAAAAGAAUAAAAUAUAAAGAACUCUGUUAGUGAAGAACAUGGUUAACAAGAAUCAAUUACACCUUACCAGCACAUAAUCAACCCUCAAAUGAUUAUCAGAAUACUUUCUCUUCUUUAAGAGAAAGGAUAAGUAACUAAAUAAGACGUAUAAAAAUUAAGUCUCUCAAAUUCUUAAAUGAACAGUGAGUAAGAACUGUCGAAAGUUACUAACCAAGAUAGUUUGAAUGUUAUUGAUCAAAGUGAGGUCAUUAUCUACGAUAUCCUAUAUUGCAAUAGUAGUAAAAAUUUGGUUAAGUCCGAGGGUGAUAUCACUCAAUCUUACAAGAGCACCAAUGUAACAAUGAGUGAAAAGCUCAAACUCCAAUAAUCUAUCAAUGAGGCUGAGUUAAAGCUAAGCCAGUUGUAGGAAAAAGAGAGUUUGAUGUAUUUGAAAAGAGGUCAGAAAAAUUUGAAAAAUUAAUAUAAUAGCUAGUUUAGGUAUAGCUACUAAGGAAGUAUUAUGCAAAGUGGCUUUAUGACUUAAAGAGGCCGCACAAACAGCGGCUAACUUGAGACUCCUAGACGCCAAUCGUAAAUGAGAAUGUCAUUUUAAAAUAGAUACUCAAAUAACUCACUCAACAUGAGUAAGGAGGAGCAAAUUAUUCAACAAUAACAGCAGCAACAACAAGAUAUCAAGCAUAAUAGUUUUAAUCAAUUUAAUAAAACAGAGUCAAAUAACCAAUAAAGUGCCAUUAAAUUGCAACUAAAUACUAACAAUGAAUAGCUGCAGAGACUUCUCAAUCAGCAUAGAGAUGAUGACAACAUAAGUUUGAUUAGUAGUGAGAUUAAUACAAUUCUAGAGAAGAAUGAGAGCAUGGAAAUAAGCAUGAUUUUGAACGAGAGUAACAUAAAUUAGAGUUACAUGAAAUGA